AUGGAAGAAUCACUGAUUCCCUCCCCGCCUGAUGUCUCAGCCCUGCGGGAGUCGUUUGGAGACCGAAAGCCCCCAGAGAUUACGAGGAAGAUUACAGCUUGUGUCGCAUGUCGGAAACAGAAGAUCAAGUGCCACAUGCAGCCGGACGGCCGACCGCCCUGCACGCGGUGCAAGAAGAGAGGUUUGCCCUGCGCUGUGAACAGGAGCCUGCAGAUGCUCUUGGAGGAUGACGUUACGUGGAAGCAUGGCGUUGCAGAGAAGAUACGGAGAUUGGAGGGCAUUACGGAACAGUUGACGAGUCAGCUGCAGACACCCGGUGCUCAGCCGGUAGGGCCGCCUAGGGGUGGUCUAGAAAGGCAGGUGGAGGCUCCAGAGACAUCUCAGUAUAGACCAAAAGCAAGCGAGGAGCAGACGUGGGAGCUUGACCCCAAGUGUGAGCCUGCAUCCAUCCCGGCGUCCUGUAUCUCCGAGAUGAGCAACCCCAGUCCCCGGGAGGCGCGAACGCCCGUCCGACCGACCCUGAUCUCGCGUGGAAUUCUCACCCCGCAGGAGGCUGAGGGUCUGUUCCAACGGUACCAUGAGCGCUUAGAUCAUCUUCUCUACCGCAUACUCGGGGAUCACCAAUGUUUGGAUACUGUCGUGGCAAGCUCGCCUCUUCUGACGGCGGCGAUCUGCGCUGUCGCAGCGUUGCAUUCGCAAUCGCUAGGCCAUUUGUUUGAGAGGUGCUACAACGAGUUUAAACAGCUCGUGGCGACCACAACGUUCUCCCGAGAGCACAAUGUGGAUGACGUCCGUGGACUCUGUAUCGGGGCUUUCUGGCUUCACGAGCUGUCGUGGGGACUGGCAGGAACGGCAGUCCGAAUCGCGUUGGAGAUCAAGCUCAACCACGGGAUCUACCAGGCCCUGAAAGGAGAUCGUUUUGCGUACGUACAGACUCGUCUAUACUACCUAGUAUAUGUUUGCGACCACCACUGCUCCGUUCUAUACGGCCGGCCGCCCAUGUCAAGAGACUGCGACAGCAUCAAAGCGGCCAUGCAAUUCCUGGAGACGGACCACGCCACCGAAGACGACGUCAGACUAGUGACCCAAGUCAAGAUCUGGUCCAUCUCGGCAGCCGUGUUCGACACCUUCGGGGUAGACGUGGAUACGCCCGUCCCACCUGGCAAACUCGCCCAGCUGCGCCGGUUCUCCAUCGCCUUGGAUACGUGGUAUGCAGACUGGAGUGAUCGGUUUGGGCCCAACGAAAAGGUAGGCAAUUACCCGGCCAAAGGGGUCGGUCUACACUUCCAUUUUGCCAAGUUGUAUCUCUGCUCGCAUGCGUUUCGGGGUGCCCAAGCAUGCCCGGACCCGAAAAGCUUCCCGUCUCUGGAAAUGGAGGAAAUUGCCAACACGGCCGUUAUCUGCGCGGCUUCUAUCCUGGGGGUGAUCACGUCCGACACGGAACUGCAGUCGCUGCUGAACGGGCUGCCGCUUUGCUUCGACACCAUGAUUGCGUUUGCCGUGGUAUUCCUGUUGAAAGUGGCGACGAAAUACGCCGACGCCGUCACGCUCGACAAGAAUAAGAUUCUAUCGCUGGUAGACCGCACGAUUGUCAUGUUGCAAGAGACUACCAGCGAGAUGCACCGGCAGCACCUGCUAGUGAAAAUCGGAUGUGGCGUGCACAAACUACGCAGCAAGUUCUCCGACGGGGGCGGUGACGCUAUCCCGGCGACCCGACCAUCACCCCAGGCCGUGGCACCCUUGGAGAUGUUCCACGCGGACGUUGGAUGGGUGGAGGAUAUGAGUGAUUUUGACAUGUUUAACCUGCAGACACCAUUCCCUGAGAUUGACCCGUGGCCGCUUGAUGCGGAAUCCCAUCACCCAUUAUAG